AUGAUGAUGAAGUUUCUCAACCUUUUAUGGCCAUCAUCGGCCCCAAAGCCCGAUCCAGAACCUGAAGAUUCCUGGUCUGACCCCGACUGGGAUCUGACAAAAAAUCCAACAUCAUCCAACACGGCCUACCAAGCCCCAGAGUUUAUCCACCCGCCCCCUCCAAAUAACAAACCCCUCCCCAUCCUCCCCGCCGAAAUACAUUUCCAUAUCCUUGAGCAUACAGACUGGACAGACCACCCAACUCUCUCACGUGUCUGCAAACUCUGGCGACAUUUCCUCAAAACAUCCCCAACCAUUCUCGAAUCUCACUACGAAAACUACAAUAGAUUCUACGAAGAAUCUUGGCAAUCAUCAAUCUUGAAAAACAGACCCCGACCGCGAGUACACAGAAUCGUAGAAUACUUAGAAACCUUUGUACGCGGCGGUAGCGGGAACUUCUAUCCUGGAACAAUCCAACUAAAAGAUCCACGAGACCGGUGGGGCGGCCAUUGGGUUUCUAGUAACCACCCUCCGACACUACCAUCUACGAGAUGGAUAAACCCCAAAUGUAAACUCAUAGAACCCUUCGACUAUUCGUUUUUUAAAAACGAACCAUUAGUUCGAUACACAGAGGGCGAAGGUGACAAGAUCAAUAUCUCAGCGACUGAGACCUCAUAUACCACAGAGAAUGGAAAUCAGGCCUAUACCAGUUUUUCGAAACUCCCCGAGAUCAGUGAAAAUAGAACCGUCGGUGACUAUCUUCACGAAAUUUUGUCUUUGGUAAACUUUGAGGAGGCACUAAUUGAAUAUUAUAGUCCGCAGAGGGCAGGCAACUGUGCUAAUGUUGUAUGGGUGAGCGUUCAUUCGACAUUGAUGACAGCGGUUGGAUUACGGUUCAAAUUAAAAGGCGUAUAUUAUGAGCUUGCGAAAGAUUCUUUUGUAUAUUAG